AUGUACGCUUUGACCACCGCCAUAGUCGGCCUCGCCGCCAUUGUAGUAGCACAGCAGACCCCAUGCACCUCUAUGCUACCAGGCUACGGACCAACGCCCUCUCCCAACGAUGACGCAAGCUUCAAGGCCCUCCCAGCAUUCGCCUCCGCUGCGUCUAACGCCGCGACCCCUUCGCUUUACCAGAAUGUCUUCACUAAUCUCAACGCCUCGGAAUUUGCAUCAAGCAACAAUGUCUACCUAGGCUACUACGCACUCAAGACAUAUGACGCCGGAGCCUGCACCGCUAUCUGCGACAACACGACCGGUUGCGUAGGCACGAACUUGUACUUCGAACGGAACCCUACACUUCUUCCUGGCGAUGCUUGUCCUAACCCCACGGCUAUGACUGUUAUCAAAUGUGCUCUAUGGGGUAGUCCCGUGACCUGUCAAGCGGCAACGAAUGAUGGACAGUGGCAGGAUCAGUUUCAUGUGUUGAUUGCUGGGAGCAAUGGAUACAUGAAAUUGCCUGCACAAGCAUGCAGCGCUAUCAGCUCAGCUUGGUCGCCGAGUAAGACUGGAUACUCAUGGCCAACCAGUGCCGGUGCCCAGAAUUGGGGCGGGCCUAGUGGGUUCAAGACUACGGCUUGGCCAAGUGCUGCGACUGCUGCUGGUGGUCGCCAGGGCUGGUAG